UGGGGCAAGGAAUCAAUUGAUGAUAGAAAAACUACUAUACACUUAGCUAAAGGGCUGUUAUAAUCCAUGGAGUACACUCAUCUUGUUUUCCUGUUGAUGUUAAUCGACUUAGCAGGUGGAAAUGUCACUUUACAUUUCGUGGGUGACAUAAGUUUUGACGGUGCUCCAAGCUACUAUCACAGACACGGAUAUUAUUCCUACAACAAUACCUUUGCAAAURUWGCAGCUGUGUUGAAACAGUCGGACCUUGUAAUUGGGAACCUUGAGAGCCCGUUCGUACGCGAAGAUAUGCUAAAARAUGCACAGACUGGCUUUGUUGCAUUACUCAGCGCUGAACMUAACACCGUAGAAGCUUUGAAGUUCGCGGGUUUUGACCUUUUGUCAUUGGCAAACAAUCACCUUAACGACUACAAAACAAAGCCAGUCAAUUUCACAGUAGAAAUAUUGAAGAAUAAUGGGAUACUGCCAUUUGGGUUUAGUUAUGGCAGCAUUGAGAACGAAAGACCACAAAUUCCAGUAACGACCGAGGUUAAUGGUAUCAAGAUUGGCUUUCUUGGAUACUGUAAAACAUUUAAUGAAAAAAAAGACAAAGAACCGUACUGUCAGUGCAACCUGAAACGAAAAGGUCUGRACGCYGGUCCAGCUAUUUACAAAAAAGAAGCUGUAACAMGAGAUGUCAACAACCUUAAGUCAAAGGUGGAUGUCAUAGUUGUCUUCAUGCAUUGGGGUACUGAGUAUAUAGCCAAGCCUAUUAAACUCCAACAACGGCAAGCAGCACAUCUAAAGUCCCUUGGUGUCCAUGCUGUCAUUGGAAGUCAUCCCCAUGUACUCAUAGGUCACACCCUUAAAGAGCACACUCUAGUUGCAUACAGUUUGGGAAAUUUCUUGUUUGGACCGAGAUAUAAAAAUCAGUGGUUUUACUACAAUAAAAAUCCUCCUAAGAAGAAAGUACAGGAGUUUGAACACUACAUGGCAACAGAAGGAAAGAAUGACAACACACUUCAAUCACGUAUUCUUCGAGUGGAACUUAACAAGAAAGGAGUUGYACGWGCUGCUUACCUCCCCCUACGAAUCAUAAUGAAUAAAAAGACCAAGUGCUUUCAGCCAACMCCAGCAAAGGAUGACAAGUGGAUUACAUACAGUCAUCUUGGUUUGYUGUUGAUGUUAAUCAACUUAACAGCUGGAAAUGUAAUAUUGCAUUUCGUKGGAGACAUAAGUUUUGACGGUGCUCCAAGCUACUAUCACAAGCAUGGAUAUUGUUCCUAUAACAAUACCUUUGCAAAUGUAGCAGCUGUGUUGAAGCAGUCAGACCUUGUGAUAGGGAACCUAGAAAGCCCGUUCGUGCGCGACGAAAUGCGAAAAGAUGCUUUUGGCGAUCUUCCAGCACUACUCAGUGCUGAACCUAACAGCGUAGAAGCUUUGAGGUUCGCAGGGUUAGACAUUUUGUCAUUGGCAAACAAUCACCUGAAUGACUACAAAACAAAGCCAGUCAAUUUCACAGUAGAGAUAUUGAAGAAUAAUGGGAUUCUGCCAUUUGGCUAUAGUUAUGGCAGUCUUGAGAACGAAGAACCACAAAAUCCAGUAACGACCGAGGUUAAUGGUAUCAAGAUCGGCUUUCUUGGAUACUGUAAAACAAUUCGGGAAAUACCGGACCCAAACGAAGGAAAUAUCUGUGACUGCAACCGGAAACGUAGAGGGCUGGACGCUGGUCCAGCUAUUUAUAAAAAGGAAGCUGUAACACGAGAUGUCAACGAUCUUAAGUCAAAGGUGGAUGUCAUAGUUGUCUUCAUGCAUUGGGGUACAGAGUAUAUAGCCAAGCCUAUUAAACUCCAACAACGGCAAGCAGCACAUCUAAAGUCMCUUGGUGUCCAUGCUGUCAUUGGAAGUCAUCCCCAUGUACUYRWAGGUCACACCCUWAAAGARCACACUCURGUUGCAUACAGUUUGGGAAAUUUCUUGUUUGGACCUAAAUGGAAAAACCGGCGGUUUUACUUCAAUAGAAAUCCUUCUAAGAAGAAAGUACAACAGAUUGAACACUACAUGGCGACAGAAGGAAAGAAUGACAAGACACUUCAAUCGCGUAUUCUUCGCGUGGAACUUAACAAGAAAGGAGUUGUGCGAGCUGCUUACCUCCCCCUACGAAUCAUAAUGAAUUCAAAGACCAAGUGCUUUCAGCCAACACCAGCAAAGGAUGACAAGUGGAUUACAGUUUGUGAAAACGGCGAUAAAGACUGCCUAAACUAAACUUGACAAAACAUAUUACGUGCAUUACUUGAUUGAUUGUGUUGUAGCAUUACAUGUAUAGGAGAUAUUUAUUCAAACUUAMCACAAAUUUCAUGGACUACGCGCAUAAAAGUUCAAAAGUACAAAAUUCAAUCGGGAAAGAAAGUAAUAGAAGUGAUUUGAAGUACGUGCAUCGUUCUUUUUCCUAUAUAAAGAUAAAUAUAGAGCACACAACUUCUGAGAAAUGACUGUUGGUACGGCUAAUAUUAAAAUUYCAAUCACAGAAUUAAUUAUCAAAUUGAACAAGUAUUAUACAUUGAAUUCUUUUUCAUAGAUAUCUAUUUUCGCKAAAAAAGAAAUUCAGCCUUUGGUUAGAAUGGCGAUGUGAAUCAAAACCCAGCAUCAARAWCUGGACCUUGUCAAUCAAGCAUCKCUAGAAAUUCCAAAG